GAGGGCGAGGUAGUUCCUGCUCCGCCUGCCUCCUCGGUAAAUGAGGAAGCGGCGCGGGCAGCGCCUCCCCAUCCCUUUUCGAAGUGAGCGAGUGUGUAUGUGUGAGAGGGAAAUUUUAUCUCUCGCCCACCCCACUUUCCGGCGCUGAGGGGUUGCGCGAAUGGGCUGAGCACUUCUUCUCGUCAGAGGAGCGGGACCCUCCGGCGCUCGAGUCGCUGCCUGGGCUGGGUUUACAAUUGUGCUAUGAGAAAUGGCUCCCUUCUUACGAAUAUCAUUCAACUCCUUUGAGCUAGGACCUAUGCCGAAUCAAGGGGAGCAACCACAGCCAUUCUGUGCAAUAAAAAUGAAAGAGGCCUUGACUACAGAGAGAGGCAAAACCUUGAUUCAAAAGAAACCCACUAUGUACCCAGACUGGAAAUCUUCAUUUGAUGCCCACAUUUAUGAGGGCCGCGUCAUUCAGAUUGUUCUCAUGAAAGCAGCAGAAGACCCAUUAUCUGAGGUGACUGUGGGUGUAUCUGUUUUGGCUGAAAGAUGUAAGAAAGGCAAUGGGAAAGCAGAAUUCUGGCUUGACUUGCAACCUCAAGGGAAAGUAUUGAUGGCUGUACAAUAUUUUCUAGAAGAUGGAGGUAAGGAAAUGGACAGCAAGCAGUCAAUGAGAGAAGAUGAAGGAACUGUGACUAUGAACAGGAGAGGAGCAAUCAAACAGGCCAAGAUCCACUACAUCAAAAACCAUGAGUUCAUUGCCACCUUCUUUGGGCAACCUACAUUUUGCUCUGUCUGUAAAGAUUUUGUGUGGGGCCUAAACAAGCAGGGAUAUAAAUGUAGACAAUGUAAUGCUGCUAUUCACAAAAAAUGCAUUGAUAAAAUCAUUGGGAGAUGUACUGGUACUGCAGCGAACAGCAGAGAUACAAUGUUUCAGAAGGAGCGCUUCCACAUCGAUAUGCCUCACAGGUUCAAAGUUUACAACUACAUGAGUCCUACCUUCUGUGAUCAUUGUGGUAGUCUUCUCUGGGGACUUGUUAAGCAAGGAUUAAAAUGUGAAGAAUGUGGAAUGAAUGUGCACCACAAAUGUCAGAAGAAAGUGGCAAAUCUCUGUGGAAUCAAUCAGAAAUUAUUGGCAGAAGCUUUAACUCAAGUUAGUCAGAAAUCUUCCAGAAAAUCUGAUUCUGGGUCAGUAGAAAGUGUCGGAAUUUACCAAGAUUUUGAUAAAAAACCUAAAUCCUUGAGUGGUGAUACAACAGAUAAUAGUGAGUAUGAUAAGCUUUGGGAGGGACGUUCGCUGUCACGACCAUCUGGUAGGAGGAAAUUCAACAUAGACAGUUUUGUAUUCCACAAAGUUCUUGGGAAAGGAAGCUUUGGAAAGGUACUACUUGCUGAACUGAAAGGGAAGAAUGAAUUUUUUGCAGUAAAGGCUUUGAAAAAGGAUGUGGUACUAAUUGAUGAUGAUGUGGAAUGCACCAUGGUAGAAAAGCGGGUCUUAGCACUGGCAUGGGAAAAUCCAUUUCUUACCCAUUUAUACUGCACUUUUCAGACAAAGGACCAUCUGUUUUUCGUUAUGGAAUUCCUUAAUGGCGGAGACCUAAUGUUCCAUAUACAGGACAAAGGCCGCUUUGAUCUUUUCAGAGCUACGUUUUAUGGAGCUGAAAUACUGUGUGGCCUACAAUUUCUUCAUAGCAAAGGCAUUAUUUAUAGAGACCUCAAACUAGACAAUGUGAUGCUUGAUAAAGAAGGUCACAUCAAAAUUGCUGAUUUUGGGAUGUGCAAAGAGAAUGUGUUUGGUGAGAACAAGGCGACAACUUUCUGCGGUACUCCAGACUACAUAGCGCCUGAAAUUCUGCAAGGCCUAAAAUACACGUUUUCUGUGGACUGGUGGUCGUUUGGAGUCUUGCUGUAUGAGAUGCUUAUUGGACAAUCUCCUUUCCAUGGUGAUGAUGAGGAUGAGUUAUUUGAGUCAAUCCGUGUGGACACACCUCACUACCCUCGCUGGAUUACCAAGGAAUCUAAGGAUAUACUAGAGAAGUUGUUUGAAAGGGAUCCAACAAGACGACUGGGAAUAACUGGAAACAUCAGAGAUCAUUCUUUCUUCAAAGCAAUUAAUUGGACAGCACUUGAGAAGAGGGAAGUGGAACCGCCCUUCAAACCCAAAGUGAAAUCAGCAAGUGACUACAGCAAUUUUGACAGAGAAUUUUUGAGUGAGAAGCCACGGCUAUCAUACAGUGACAAAAACUUAAUAGACUCUAUGGAUCAAUCUGCAUUUGCUGGGUUCUCUUUUACCAACCCUAAAUUUGAACACAUUUUAGAGAAAUAGUUUAUCAGCACAGAGGAACUUUCAGGUACUGCUGUAAUGGAAGUUUUCGACCACUCCAUGUGAAAUGUGAUCAAAGGAUACCGUCGUCUCUUUCCUUUCGUUCCGAACAACACUCAAUAGCGACUAAUUGUGCUCAUUCUGGCGGUAGCUUCAUUGUGCAUGGCUGAGUUUAAGUAUCCUUGUGAAUCAUAUGUAAAUGACUUCCUCUGCAGUAGGGAAAAUGUAAAUUGUGUACGUGGUUACUUGAAUGUAGUUAUCCGUUUGGGGGGGAAAUUAUGUAUAUGCUGUAUAUUUUGCUCAAGAGGUGAAAGAGGUUAUCGAAGGGUACUACCCUUCAAAUAAAGUGAAAUGGCUAGGCAGUUUUUAACGU